AUGUUGAAACUGAAAAAUGAUGCCAUCCCCAUUCUUAAUGCUGGAAUUACAACUGCUAAAGGGAUUUGGGAAGAAGUAAGACACAAACAUGAUAAAGUCUCUUGGCAAAAACUUAUUUGGUUUCCCCUUCACAUCCCUAAACUUAGUGUUAUUACUUGGUUGGCAAUCCUUGAUAGACUUCCAACUAGGGAAAGACUUUUACGUACGGGGCUAACUACUGUUGGUUAUUGUUUAUUCUAUAAUGAUGCUCUUGAAACGAGAAAUCAUUUAUUUGCUGAUUGCAUUGUGGUCACGUCUCUUUGGAAUGGUAUUUUGAACCUGUCUCAUCUGUCCGUUCCUCAUAUGUCAUGGGAAGUCAAGCUUGCUUGGGCUUCAUCAACUUGGAAAGGUAAGUCUCUCUUAACCUCUAUCAUGAAGAUAGCAUGGUGUGCUUUCAUCUAUAAAGUUUGGGAGGAGAGAAACCGUCGAAUAUUUCAAGGAAAAUUUCGAACUGUUGAAGACUUGCUUGGUUCUAUUAAAGAGAUAGUUGGACUUCAACAUAUGAAUAGAGAUUUCAAUAGGCUUGAUAAUGUUAAUAUGCUUCUUUGUAACAAUUGGAAUAUAGCCUAA